AUGCUAUUUAAAUCUUCCAUUCUUGCCAUUAUUGUUUAUGUUCAUAUCACUAUUUACUACAAUAUCAUAGAGGCACAAAAUCAAACUAUUAAUAUUCCAAUCGUCACUGCCAAUGUAGCAUUGGUUAUCCGUGUGGAUUCAAACAGUGAUCCACUAGUCAUUUAUCUUGGUAAACGACUUCAAAACGAUGAUGAUUACGCAUCGAUACCCGAUUACUUAACAAAUGGUGACUAUACUGGUCUCUAUAGUUCAGCAUACACACCGAGUGGGUCACGCAAUUUACUUGAACCUGCUAUUCAAGUUACUCAUGCCGAUGGAAGUCCAUCUUUAGAUUUGAGAUAUGUACGCCAUGAACAAAGUACCAAAGAUCAACCGAGUGGAGUUACGUUAACGUCGAUUUACCUUCAAGAUCCAGUCUAUCCGUUUAAAGUUACUCUGAAUUAUAAAGCAUACUAUGAUGAUAAUAUUAUCGAGCAAUGGACAAGUAUUCAACAUUCCGAAGGAAAUGUCGUACGCCUUGAAAAAUACAGUUCAGCUAAUCUUUAUCUUUCAUCAGCGCGUAAUUAUUAUCUCACACAUUUUCAUGGCGACUGGGCGCGAGAAAUGAAACCAGAGCAGAUUCAGUUGACAGCGGGAAUCAAAGUGUUGGAUACAAAAUUGGGUACACGAGCCGAUCUAUUUCAACCACCGUCAUUUUUUCUUUCGUUAAACCAGCCAAUCAAUCACGAAGAGGGCGACGAAGAUCAAGGUGAAAUCCUAGCUGGUACAUUAGCAUGGUCAGGAAAUUAUCAAUUACAAUUCGAGAUCGACCCACUGCGUAAUUUACGUCUCCUAGCUGGUAUCAAUCCUUAUGCAUCGGAGUAUUAUUUACCGGCCGGACAAGAAUUCGUUACGCCAAGUUUUCUAUUUACUUAUUCCUUGAGUGGUUUAGGUACUGUCAGUCGAAAUUGGCAUCGUUGGGCGAGAAAGUUUCGUAUUCCACAAGGCGAAAGCGACCGUUUUACUUUAUUGAACAACUGGGAAGCAACGUUCUUUAGUUUUAAUGAAACAGUAUUAACUGGAUUGAUGAAAGAUGGUAAAACACUUGGUGUUGAUUUAUUUCUUCUCGAUGACGGUUGGUUUGGAAACAAAUACCCUAGAAACGAUGAUCGAGCGGGUCUAGGUGAUUGGCAAGAGAAUGUUAAGAAAUUACCACAUGGAAUUAAUUAUUUGACGGAUGCAGCUCAAACAUUAGGGAUUAAAUUUGGUAUCUGGAUGGAACCUGAAAUGGUCAACCCUAAAAGUGAACUUUAUGAAAAUCAUCUCGAUUGGGUAAUUAAAGUACCAAAUCGUCCUGAGUAUUAUUUUCGUAAUCAACUUGUACUCGAUCUAUCUAAUCCUGUCGUGCAAGAAUUUGUCUAUAAUACUGUUGAUGGUAUGUUUACUCAACAUCCGAUGGUUGCUUUUAUCAAAUGGGAUUGUAAUGCGGUAAUCUACAACGCAUUUUCAACAUCUAAUCCCCAUCAGUCUCAUCUGUACGUCGAUUACGUACGUGGUUUAUAUACUGUUCUUAGUCGUCUACGAACGAAGUAUCCUACAGUACCAAUGAUGUUAUGCUCUGGUGGUGGAGGUCGAGUUGAUUAUGGUGCUCUACAAUAUUUUACUGAAUUUUGGCCAAGUGAUAAUACUGAUGGGUUAGAACGUAUAUUUAUUCAAUGGAGUUAUUCAUUCUUUUUUCCUGCUAUUGCGUCAUGUAAUCAUGUAACUAAUUGGGCAAAUCAACCGUUGAAAUUCCGUACAGAUGUAGCCAUGAUGGGUAAAUUAGGUUAUGAUAUCGUUGUGAACAAAUUGAAUAGUAAUGAUCUUCGGUUCAGCCAACAAGCAUUACAAAUUUAUAGUCGUUUGAAAGAUACAAUUUGGCAUGGUGAUCUCUUUCGACUUGCGUCACCCUAUCGAUCCGGUAGCAACAUAGCGUCGUUGAUGUAUGUUAACGACAAAUUAGAACAUGCUGUUUGGUUUUCAUAUUUGACUGUUAAUCGAUAUGCAGCCGGCACGUCUGGUCCUAUUCGGUUGAAAGGACUCGAUCCAACAAAGCAGUAUCGUUUACAAGAAAUUAAUACCUAUCCAGGAACAAGCAAUUCAUUAGCGGUCAAUCCAAGAAAUCUAUCUGGAGACUUUCUGAUGUCAUUUGGUUUUGAUCCAGUGGUCAAUACACAGCGUACAAGUGUGAUCAUCGAAUUGAAUGUUCUAACAAAUGGAGUGGAAGUUUUAACAUGCUUUUUAAAUAAGAUCAGUCGACAAUUUUUAGUGCUAGCUUAUUUAAUCAUUUUCUUAUGA